AUGAUUGGGGAUCCAGUGUCUGUGAUUAUCGAUACGCGAGAACGAAGCUUGCUGGAGAGCUUCAAUAAGUCCUACCAUUCAAGCUAUGGACUAGGUACCAUGUCUGGAAACAUAUACGAUACCGCAUGGAUUGCAAUGGUCAGAAAGCCAAUCCAAGGAAAGUCUGUCUGGGCGUUUCCAGUUGCCUUUAAGGCUCUCCUAGAGCAACAAAACCAGUGCGGUAGUUGGGGCGGGACUUCCUCUAAAUUAGACUCCAUUACUAGCACCUUAGCAGGGCUUCUGGCACUGCAGAGGCAUACAGGCGAUGCCUGUGAAAUAAGCCCUCAGGACCUUACCUCGAGGAUCCUGAAAGCUAAGGAAUUUUUGAAGACAGCUUUGGAAGGUCUCAACGACUUGCUCUUAAACUGUAUUUUGCCUGUUGGUCUGGAGCUUCGAAUACCGGCCUUGUUGGAUCUGCUCGAAGCGGAAGGACAUAUAUUUCACUUUGAUCGGACCUACUUGACCAAGGUCCAGUUGAAAAAAUUGUCAAAGAUCAACUUGGAUACCAUUUUUAGCGGUCCGCAAUCUUCUCUUCUGCACUCCUUGGAAGCUUUGGUUGGGAAGAUAGACUUCAAAGGGCUGGCCCGUUAUAAAGUCCUUGGUAGUAUGCUAGCAUCUCCAUCUGCAACAGCAGCGUACCUGAUGUAUAAUCCUGUGUGGGAUGACGAAGCAGAGGAAUAUAUUCAGUGUGCAAUCUCCAAUGGAGCUGGCCAUGGAUCAGGACUUGUGGCUGCAGGAUAUCCUACGACGGUAUUUGAAUGGGCGUGGGUGAUAACAAACUUGAUGCGCCAUGGAAUUGAACCGAGCAGCAGACUUAAGGAAGUUGGCAAGCAGAUCGAAAGCGAAAUCAAGUUACAUGGGGUAGUGGGCUUCGUCCCAAAAGCAUGUCCUGAUGCUGAUGACACGGCCAAGUCUCUAGCAGCUCUUGCGCUUCAGGGAGCACACUACUCGCCACAGGAGUUAAUCGAUCGAUUUGAACGAGAAAGUUAUUUUACCACAUAUCUAUAUGAGACACACACUAGUAUAAGUACUAAUGCUAAUGUUCUCACUGCUCUGGUCUUGCUUUCGAACGAUGGCCGCUACCAGCCACAAAUCGAAAAAUGCAUUCGCUAUCUAUGCGAGGCAUGGUUUCACUGUGACCGAAUGGUAAAGGACAAAUGGAAUAUCUCACCUUAUUAUCCAACGAUGCUGAUGUGCGAAGCCUUGAUGUCUUACAUUCAGCGCUGGAGUGAAGGAACUCUACCCGCAUUACCCGACGAUCUUAUGAAAUUCAGUGUUCCAAUCACGUUAUUUCAGUCAUUAAUCCGCACAUUGCGCACUCAAAACCCUGACGGAUCCUGGGGUAGCUCAGACUCUGCUGAAGAGACUGCCUAUGCUCUUCUGAUACUGAAAAGUGUGGCAUCUUUUAGUUUCACUGACGUGAUAUCAGCGGAGGUUAAAAAUGCCAUGAGUAAAGGUAUCCAGUUUAUUCUUUCGAAAGGCCAACGGUCAGAUACAGACGAUCAACUUUGGCUGGACAAAACCUUAUAUUCUAUACCGACUGUGUCAGAUUCCUACAUCAUGGCUGCUGUGAAAACCGAAGAUACUGUGGCCAGCCUUGCCAAAAUACCACUCAAGCUUGUCGACAUGUCAACAACUGUGAUUGAGAAGAUGACACAGUACUUUGCUCGACUGCCAUCUCAGAUAGAAACUCCAAAGUGGGUUAUACAAGCUUCGGUGAUAGAGGCAAUGCUUUUUAACAACAGGCUAAAAACGCUGGAUGUAUUUUCUACCCAAAAGGCCCUCGGAGAGAAAUACAUUAAGUUUGCCGCGUGUUUCUGGACAUUGGCAAACAAUUCAAGCCCUGAGUAUCUCAUGAGUACAUGGACAAUCUACAGCAUGGUAGAACUUUCCAUUGGCAUAUUCCAAGAAGACGAAUUGAUGGAAAAGUCGUUGACGAACCUACCAGACUGUGCCACAGGCGUUAUAGCUGACUAUAUCGAUGCGCUUUGCAACGAGACAGCUGCGUGUGAAGAUGAUUCUCUCGGGGAAUCUUCAUAUGGAAAGAGUUUAUCUGAUAUGGACGAGGAAACCCUCACUCGCCUUGAAAAUAUACAACAAAACAUAGGAGUCUGGUUCCGUUUUGUUUUGAAUGACAAUCUCAAGGGAACUCCUAGUUCUUAUGAAAAACAUGAUCUUCAACAAGAACUGAGGAUGGCGAUCUUGGCUGCUAUGCAACAAGCCAAAGCAUAUAGACCACUCAACAGCAGUCUUGCGCAUUCUGACGCAGAGGGUGUUACAAUAAGUACCGGCCAGACGUUCUGUACGUGGCUACAUACAUCUGCAGUCCAUGAUGUUAAGAGUGGGCUAGUCUCCAAAUCCCUUAUAUGUAAGAUUGGGGAUGGUAGAGAUGUCUUUCCUACAGCAAAAGAGAAGUACCUUGCCGAAAAGCUAUGGAGGCAAAUCUCCAUCGAAGGAAGGCUUUGGAAUGAUGUCGGCAGUAUUGAACGAGACCGGCUCGCAUCGAAUCUCAACUCUGUCAACUUUCCCGAGUUCUCGCUUCCUCAAAGUCUCAAGCUGGAUGGUGAUGUGAAGACGCAGUUGAUUAAGCUGGCAGAAUAUGAACACAAGUGCACUCUAGCAUACCUGGACGAUUUGGCACAGAUUUUGGAAAAUUCUGGUCGUCGAAGACUCUCGUUGUACCUGCAGAUGUAUUACCGUUGUUGCACGAUCUAUUCUGAAACGUGUGUCAAGUAUGCCUUCGGCUCCACCACGGCGACGUGA